AUGAAAAAUUCAUUGUUAGAAUUUACAAAAUCUGAAAAUGCUCUUUGGAAUGUCGUUACCUCUUUUGAUAUUAAUGUUCUUCGUAACUCGUUUGCACAACUAGAUCCUUCAAUUCGUAUUGAGAAUAAAAGGAUGGUCUUCUCUCCAGUUUCUGCUGAUCCAAUUUUGAAUGCCAUAAAUGCGUCUGGCGAUCGUUUUUUUAUUCGAAGUCAAAUAAUGCUAUGGAAAUUGGAACAACUUGCUCUUCAAGGGUUAACAAAUUGGAAUACAGAUUUUUGUCGUCCAAGUUUUCCCCAUGAAUUUGUUAAAAAUGCUGCGGAAUUGAAACAACAGCUAAAUGGUGUUUUGACUAGGGCAAUACAAGACAACAAAAGUACUUUUCAGAUUUUUAGUAAAGAGUUAACAUGUUAUCUACUGAACAAUCGAGAAUGGUCUUUUACCAGUCAACGUAUCAAAAAUCAACCACUUUUAACUACUCCUUUUACAAAUAUUGCUGUUAUUUUUUCAUUUUUCUUCACUAAAUUGUAUGUCGAAAAGAAACGGGAUGAAGCAUUUAAAACAGCUAGAGAAGUUAUUUGGAAAGUUUUAACUCCAACUUUUGAUGCUGUUAAAUUUGGGCAAGAACCAAGGCAAUGUAUGAUUGGAAAGGAAGCAUUAAUUAGCUUGAUUGAGGGAUUAAAGGAUUUGGAAGUCCUCAAUAUUUUUAUAGGAUUUGUCAGUUUUCUCUACAAUUUUGUUUUAACUACAUAUCAAAAACCAUUAAAAAGUAGCAUUAAUUCAACGGGAGAGUCUGAUGCUGUAGACAAUUCUACAGCGACAUCUGAUGAAUCAACAAGUCAACAACAACAUACGGAAACAACAUUAUUACGUGCUGUUGGACGAAAUGUCUAUUUAGAUAAUGUUGAAUUGUGGCAAUCAAUAAGUACAUUGGAGACAUACAAAACAUAUGACAUUGAUGUUGAUUAUGUUGAAAAAGUAUUAGAUUUAUUAGCUGAACAAGCAUCUCUCGUUGGGCCAGUUUAUUUGCCUUGGCUGUGUUUUCGAGCUGAUUAUGCAUUUGUUCGUGAAAGAUAUGAGGAGGCAACUUUGCUUUAUUUGGAAACAAUUAUAGCAUUGGAUCGUGGACUCAAUCAUCAAACAUCUUCACAGGAAAUUGGAGGUACUAGCACAACAACGAAGCAAUUAAAAAAGAAAAUGGAUAUCGAUUUGGUUAUUUUUUAUAAAUAUUUAUAUCACACAAUGUGGUCUGACCUCGUUAUUGGAUACACGGAGUGUUGA